AAGUGGCGGUUGAUGUUAAACGUUGUUGUUUAUAUUAUUUUUGUAAUUCAAAUAAUAUUAUUGGAUUUAUUUCUAGCUUAAUAUGUUAAUUUUUCGAUGUGGGCUAGUGGUUUUCAUCGCAACAUAUAUUUAUUCAAUUUCGUUAAAGUAUAAUAAAGAAACAUUUUUUUUGAAUUCUGGACUUGUAUUCUUGUAUAGUGUCAGUGGAAUAUUAGCUGGGAAAAUCAUCUACGACAGAUACCAGCAAAUCCACAUACUAGGUUCACUAACCCAAAACCCAAAUGUGACUUCCUUCGCCAACCGGAUCGCUUCCUUCUCAGCCUCUCUCUUAUCAUUGGGCUUCCUGGUUUACAUUAUAUUAUUGUCAUUUAAGGUAAAUGAACAUUGUCUGAGAGCAGUUAAUAUUUUUAUAUGCGGAUUUGGUAGUUUAUACCUAUGGGUGCAGUGCAUCCUCACGAGAUAUAUCUGUACAUUGUUCUACGACAAGCGGUUGUCGGUGCUGAGACAAUGUCUGGCGAACGUGAGCUUCCCCGUACUUACCGUUAUGGCCACUUUCGGCACGGUGUCUUCGAUUUUACCUGAAGAUUCUUCCAAUGGAAUGUACGUGUGUCGAAUCGCCAUUACGUUAAGUAGCUACAUUCUGACGGCAAUAUUCAUUGUAUUCAUAUUGUCCUUCAAGAAGGACUACGAGUAUUUUGCUGAGGGCCUCCGAUCAGAAAUGCUGCUGGACGACGCGUGUUCCCUGAGCGCGUCGCUCUCAGACGUGGACAGCAGCAUAUUCGGGACACAGGACAUGCUCUCCAGUGCGCUACUAAUAAAAGGGAGCAUCGGCCACGGUAAAGUGUCCUGACCUGAGGCCGUGCCCGUCUCGGGCACGGUCACACCAGGCAAGAACUACGGUAGCCUGGGCCAGACGGAUUCGAACAGGGACACGGGACACAUCUCAUCCGACUCGUCCUCAGGUGAGG